CCUCACCUUUUAUAUGUCGAAAGCAAGCAAUACUGUCCGAGGUGUAUUCGAGCCUCCACCGAAACCGUAUUCCUGGACUGACCGCUCAGGCAAUGUCUACCACUACUUCGAACGGCCUCUCCUAAAUGCUUGUGGAUUCAUUCUACUGCAAGAGUUCUGCGAACGCCUCGCUUUUUACGGUAUCAUACCAAAUCUUCAGCUUUUCCUCAAGGAGUACCUAGGCUACACUGAUAGCGCCGCCGACUCCUACGUCUCGAUCUUCAACGCCGUACUGUACAUAACCCCACUUUUCGCCGGUAUCAUCGCUGACACACUGUUAGGUGUAUACCUCACCAUUGUCACCUUCUCUUCCCUAUACAUGAUCGGGCUGGUUCUGCUAACUUUAUCGGCCAUCAAGUCGAUCAGUCAAGCCUGGAUGGUCCAUCUCUCUCUGCUGGUGUUGAUAACAGUGGGAGCCGGUGGCAUCAAGGCUUGUGUUAACGUCAUGGGCGCACAGCAGAUGCAUCCUGAACACCACAAGGCUGAUAUCACUCGCUUUUUCACUUACUUUUAUGCCUCGAUCAACUUGGGUGGUAUUAUAGGUUGCAUUGCCGCGCCUAUUAUUGUACAAGAACUGUCCUUCGCGGCGAGUUUUGUAUUCCCACUCAUUUUUUUCGUCAUUGCCACAACGAUCUUCGUGGUCGGCGACUUCCUCCACCGCUAUGUUAAAGCCAAGCCUCAAGGCUCAGCCGUCCUGCAAGUUGGUAAAGUGGCGAUUUACUCUGUGUUUAAAUGCUCAUUAGAGAAAAACAAAAAGAGUAAAGGCGGCAGAUUCGAAGAUGAGUUCAUUGAAGACGCCCGAGUAUUUUUCCGACUCAUACCACUCUUCGUUCUCAUCGUCCCCUUCGUUAUGGCCUAUAACAACAUGACCACAACUUUCCUCACACAAGGCCUUAAGAUGGAUCGCAACACCUUCGGGUGGAACAUGCCUGCUGCCCUAAUGCAGAACGUGGAUCCUAUAGCGGUUAUUGCGACUUCAGUCAUCGUAGAUAGUGUGGUUUUCCCUUUCCUUAGAAAGCUCAACACCCGAAUCAAUGACCGCAACAACGACCUCUCGAAGUGUACGCUCCUCAAUCGCCUUCCACGCUUCAUCCAUGCCGAUUAA